GCCUUUUUGUUGUAUCAACAGUUUCAGUGCUGCAAACGAGUAAUACCUAGAGAGUUCUCAACCCCGACUCAAUGUAGAAUUCAGAUUGAGUUUAAUUUUGUCAAAGAAUGGAUUUUCUCGUGGUCCUUGUAAGUAUCUUAACAGUCGCUCUUGUAUUUGUCCUUUGGAUUCGAAAGAAGCAUGCAUUUUGGAGAGAAUUAGGUGUACCGUAUGUGGAACCCCACUUUUUUUACGGGAACUUUAAGGAUGUCGACCAGUAUCAGCACGAUGGUCAAUUUAUCCAACGCUUUUACCAGAAAUACAAAGGAAGAUCCCCUCUCAUUGGAAUGUACACCUUCCUCAAACCAGUCGCUGUUGCCAUUGACAUUGAACUCGUGAAAAACAUCUUAAUUAAGGACUUCAACUCUUUCCACGAUCACGGUACAUACUACAACGAAAAGGACGAUCCACUAUCAGCGAAUUUAUUUAAUUUGCCUGGAACAAAGUGGAGGCAGCUACGCCACAAACUUAAGACAGCCUUCACAACUGGAAAGGUGGAGAUGAUGUUCGGAACAAUGUGGGGGGUUGCCAAAAAGUUUGAAUCAAAAAUUGGUGAAGCCUGUGAAACAGGAGGAGAGUUCCAUAACAGGAAACUCAUGACUCGGUUUACUAUCGACGUUAUUGGGUCAUGCGUGUUUGGCGUGGAAACGAACAGCCUGGAAGAUGAAAAUAAUGGUUUUUUCCAAGUGGGGAUGAGUAUAUUCCACAAUCCUAGACACGGAAUGAGGUUCAUAUUCCUCCUAAAUGUUUUCCGGGACUAUGCGCGGAAACUGCGCUUCAAACUUUUCCGUGACGAAGUUAUUGAGUUUUACACCCGCAUCGUCCGGGAGACAGUUGACUAUCGUCUGGCAAACCAUGUAGAGAGGAACGAUUUUAUGCAACUCUUGAUCAAGCUAUAUACGAGCAAGGGCGAAGAUAAGUUAUCCUUCAAUGAGCUCUUAGCACAGGCUUUUGUAUUCCAUAUGGCAGGGUUUGAGACCGCCUCCACAACUCUUCAGUUUUGCUUUUACGAACUCGCUUGUAACCCUGAGAUCCAGGAUAGGGUCAGAAACCAUAUCAAGGAAGUAUUGGAAAACCACAACGGGCAACUGACGUAUGAAGCUUUAAUGGAUAUGAAAUAUCUCGAGCAAGUCCUACAUGAAACUCUCCGGAAGUAUCCUCCAAUUGGAUUGCUGCCCCGAGAAGCUAGUCAGGACUACAAAAUCCCCAAUACUAAAUUCGUCCUUAAAAAAGGCAUCAACGUGAUCAUACCCGCCUAUGCGAUACAUCAUGAUCCUGAAUUCUAUCCAAACCCAUCAAUAUUCAAUCCAGAUAAUUUCUCUGAGGAAGCGGUAAAAAAUAGACCAUUAGUUGCUUUUCUACCAUUUGGCGAGGGACCACGAAUUUGCAUUGGAGCUCGGGUCGGCAUGAUGCAGACGAAAAUGGGAGUGAUAGCGGGUUUACGCAAAUUUAGAUACACACUAUCACCAAGGACUAAGCAACCUUUAAAACUUUUAUCAAAAUUUAAUGUUAUAUAUCCUGAGGAAGAUGUUUGGUUAAAUGUUGAACGGAUAGGUUGAAUUGCUGAGUUGACAGUUUUAACCGUAUUUUGACAGUGGUUUGCCAAAUUUAGUUCAAUGUAUUCUUCCAAGCAUUCCCAUACAGAUGUAUCUGUAAUUUACACUGUAACACUGUUUGAAUUAUUAAAGAAAAAGGAGACCAGGGA